GAGCCGAGUCUGGACCACUUGGAUAUGAAAGUUCCAUGCACACUCAUGGAUGUGUGAGAGAGAAGAGCAGCUCAGGACACUUGCACAUGCACGAAGAGAGAAACACAUCAGCCACUCUGGAUUCAUCACUCAGUUGCUGCAAGUCUUUUUGAAUUAGACAGUUUUUUUUCCCCACAUCACUUCACAGAGAGCAAAUCCAAACAGAUCAAAAUGAUGACCAAACCAUUUGAGAAGAGCGGGGAUGUGAGUGAGCUGGUGAGCUCCCUCAGCUGGCUGGAGGAGGAGGAAGAGGAGGAGGAUGAGGACGGCAGCUCACUGGAUGGAGACGAGUACCCAGACAUGAGGACCCGCCUUGGUCUGAAUGUCCGCUCCUGCACAGAGCUGGGCAGUGAAGAUAUGGAGGAGGAGGAAGAGGAUGAUAACGACGAGAAUGGACAAAAUGGAGAGCAGGGUCCCAAAAGGAGAGGCCCCAAGAAGAAGAAGAUGACCAAAGCUCGACAGGAGAGGUUUCGUGUCCGGCGGGUCAAGGCCAAUGCCAGAGAACGCUCCCGAAUGCACGGGCUGAACGAUGCCCUGGAUUGUCUCCGCAGAGUUAUGCCCUGCUACUCCAAGACACAGAAGCUGUCAAAAAUUGAGACUCUACGCCUGGCACGCAACUACAUCUGGGCCCUGUCCGAGGUGCUUGAGAGUGGCCAAUCCACAGAGAGCAAUGGCUUCAUGGAGAUGCUGUGUAAAGGUUUGUCUCAGCCCACCAGUAACCUCGUGGCCGGCUGCCUGCAGCUGGCACCCACUCCGAUGAUGCUCAACAAGCUGGAGGACAAGUGUGGAGGCCCGGGGAUGGGCGGUGUGGGGGGUCAGGCUGGCCAUCCCCUCAGCUACCCGUCCCCAGGCCUUCCCAGCCCCCCCUAUGGCUCCCUGGAGGCAUCCCACCUCCUCCACAUGAAGGGAUUCAAAGGGCCUGUGUACGACAACCCCUCCUCAAACGAGUGCAGCAGUGGCACCCCGCCAUACGACGGGCCCCUCACCCCUCCCCUCAGCAUCAGUGGCAACUUCGCCCUGAAGCAUGAGCCCUCUCCCCACGAGUCGGAGAGGAACUACACACCCCACCCCGGCCACCAUGCCCACUACCUCAUGUCGCACCACUACCCCACCUCCACGACAGGUGUCCUACCAGGUGGGCCUCAGAGCCACCCGCUCUUUCAGGCUUCCCGCUACGAGCUGCCCCUGGACGUGGCCUUUGACUCCUUCGCUCCCUCUCACCUGGUCCCCACUCACAUGGGUAACAUCUGAAAUGAGACGAGUGAAGGACGUGUGAAUGAAAACUUGCCAGGGGAGACGCACUGCCCCUGAACAAACUGCUGUAAGAACAAUGGCCAACGUAACUGUACAGAAAAUAAUGGUUUCCAUUUACGUUAGUACUCUGGGAGAGCACUGAAUGCUCAGAGAGAGAGAGAGACUCGUCACCUCAACUCAAUCUACCUGAUACAAACAUGCACCCAUAACUUUUUAAUAUUUUAUUUAUUCUUUUUUUAUAUGUUGUUAUUUGGAUUUUAAUAUUUCUAUUUAAGUUUCCCCCUCAGUUGUUGCGGAGUUGAACUAAAGAUUAGUUUACCAAAUCACCCUAAGCAGCACACAGAUGAUUCGUGUGCAGGGUUUGAACAAAAAAAAAGAAAACUUCUGUAUGUCUACAUAUCAAAAAAAAAAAAAGAUUGAAUAGCCAUCCAUCCUAAAUUGUGCACUGAGGCCUACUGCCAAUGUCCCUCUUGCCAUAAGAAAAGCAAUGCAUUUAUUUAUAUCUGUAUUUAAUAUUUAUUUUGACAUGGUCUUGUCCUUUUUAUAUUCUCAGCACAGUUUUCUUUUGUUUCACUGUCUUCAUGGUUUAUUGUCAGUCACAGGCAGCUGUACUGUAUUUAAAUUAUUUAUUUGAGCUUUUUCAGGAACUUGGUGUCACAACGUUUGUCAUACUGUACUGUUGUAAAUAUUUUGCUGUUUCGCACUUAAUUGAAUAAAUAUUCUUAUAUUAUAUGCUAUUUCCAUAGUAA